GGUGUGUGACAAAGUAUGAAGGCGCGCCAAGCUCUCCAGUUUCACAUGUGCUGUCGAGUCCAGCGCCCGCCACGCUCCAGGGUGGGGACCCGCCCAAAACUCCCUGGAAGCCAGGCGAUUGAGACCCCGCCACCGCGUCCCCAAAGACUGGGCGGAUACUGGAGAAGCGCCUCCCGAACCCGCCAAACUGUCUCCCGCGAGACUGUCCCGCCCCAGCCCCGCCCCGUAACUCUACUCCCUGAUUGGCUGGAAUUGGGGCCGGGUACCAGAGUCCUUUCCAGCUUAGUCUUCGGCCGGGUUUCCCGCCGAAUGCAAAGGCGCACUGUGGACUGGCUCUUUCUUUCCGCCAAUCAUAUCCGCCAGCCAUUCAUCACCGAUUUUCUUCAUCUUCCCCUCCCUCUUCCGUCCCUCAGGCCCCGACCCUUUAGCUCUCAGCUGGUUAAGGGACACCGGUCCUUCCGGGCUGCGCAUGCGCUGCCGCGUCUGCCAAGAAGCGGGCAGGGGCGCAGGCGCAGUAGUGUGAUCCCCCUGCCAGUCCCUAAGCACGUGGGUUGGGCUGUCCUGCUUGGCUGCAGAGGGACUGGAACCUCGAUAUUGGUGGUGUCCAUCGUGGGCAGCGGACUAAUAAAGGCUAUGGCGCCAGCAGAAAUCCUGAACGGGAAGGAGAUCUCCGCGUCCAAAGAAGGAGAUCCCGAGCACAACCUGCAUUUGCAAGUGGACUGCUUAGUGGCUGUAAGCCGCUGGCUCUUGUGCUUCGGGGAAAAGUCCUGUGCCGACUAUACUCCCAAACGCGCAGCUGCUGGUGACUUUCUGCCGAGAGAGAGGAUUGGCAACAGAGAUGAUUCCAAUCUUUAUAUAAAAGUGAAGCUGAAGGCUGCUGAAGAGAUUGGGAUCAAAGCCACUCACAUUAAGUUACCAAGAACAACCACAGAAUCUGAGGUGAUCAAGUACAUUACAUCUUUGAAUGAAGACUCUACUAUACAUGGGUUCUUAGUGCAGCUACCUUUUGAUUCAGAGAAUUCCAUUAACACUGAAGAAGUGAUCAAUGCUAUUGCACCCGAGAAGGAUGUGGAUGGAUUGACCAACAUCAGUGCUGGGAAACUUGCUAGAGGUGACCUCAAUGACUGUUUCAUUCCUUGUACGCCUAAGGGAUGCUUGGAACUCAUCAAAGAGACAGGGGUGCCGAUUGCCGGAAGGCAUGCUGUGGUGGUCGGGCGCAGUAAAAUUGUCGGGGCCCCGAUGCAUGACUUGCUUCUGUGGAACAAUGCCACAGUGACCACCUGCCACUCCAAGACUGCCAAUCUGAAUGAGGAGGUAAAUAAAGGUGACAUCCUGGUGGUUGCAACUGGUCAGCCUGAAAUGGUUAAAGGGGAGUGGAUCAAACCUGGGGCAAUAGUCAUCGACUGUGGAAUCAAUUAUGUCCCAGAUGAUAAAACAAAUGGGAGAAAAGUUGUGGGUGAUGUGGCAUACGACGAGGCCAAAGAGAGGGCAAGCUUCAUCACUCCUGUUCCUGGCGGCGUAGGGCCCAUGACGGUUGCAAUGCUCAUGCAGAGCACAGUAGAGAGUGCCAAGCGUUUCCUGGAGAAAUUUAAGCCAGGAAAGUGGAUGAUUGAGUAUAACAACCUUAACCUCAAGACACCUGUUCCAAGUGACAUUGAUAUAUCACGAUCUUGUAAACUGAAGCCCAUUGGUAAGCUGGCUCGAGAAAUUGGUCUGCUGUCUGAAGAGGUAGAAUUAUAUGGUGAAACAAAGGCCAAAGUUCUGCUGUCAGCACUAGAGCGCCUGAGGCACCGGCCUGAUGGGAAAUACGUGGUGGUGACUGGAAUAACUCCAACACCCCUGGGAGAAGGGAAAAGCACAACUACAAUUGGGCUAGUGCAAGCCCUUGGUGCCCAUCUCUACCAGAACGUCUUUGCAUGUGUGCGACAGCCAUCUCAGGGUCCCACCUUUGGAAUAAAAGGUGGCGCUGCAGGAGGAGGUUACUCCCAGGUCAUUCCUAUGGAAGAGUUUAAUCUCCAUCUCACAGGUGACAUCCAUGCCAUCACUGCAGCUAAUAACCUCGUUGCUGCGGCCAUUGAUGCUCGGAUAUUUCAUGAACUGACCCAGACAGACAAGGCUCUCUUUAAUCGUUUGGUGCCAUCAGUAAAUGGAGUGAGAAAGUUCUCUGAUAUCCAAAUCCGAAGGUUAAAGAGACUAGGCAUUGAAAAGACUGACCCUACCACACUGACAGAUGAAGAGAUAAACAGAUUUGCAAGAUUGGACAUUGAUCCAGAAACCAUAACUUGGCAAAGAGUGUUGGAUACCAAUGAUAGAUUCCUGAGGAAGAUCACGAUUGGACAGGCUCCAACGGAGAAGGGUCACACACGGACGGCCCAGUUUGAUAUCUCUGUGGCCAGUGAAAUUAUGGCUGUGCUGGCUCUCACCACUUCUCUAGAAGACAUGAGAGAGAGACUGGGCAAAAUGGUGGUGGCAUCCAGUAAGAAAGGGGAGCCCGUCAGUGCUGAAGAUCUGGGGGUGAGUGGUGCAUUGACAGUGCUUAUGAAGGAUGCAAUCAAGCCCAAUCUCAUGCAGACAUUGGAGGGCACUCCAGUGUUUGUCCAUGCUGGCCCGUUUGCCAACAUCGCACACGGCAAUUCCUCCAUCCUUGCAGACCGGAUCGCACUGAAGCUUGUUGGACCAGAAGGGUUUGUAGUGACGGAAGCGGGAUUUGGAGCAGACAUUGGAAUGGAAAAGUUUUUUAACAUCAAAUGCCGGUAUUCCGGCCUCCGCCCUCACGUGGUGGUGCUUGUUGCCACUGUCAGAGCUCUCAAGAUGCACGGGGGCGGCCCCACGGUCACUGCUGGACUGCCUCUUCCCACGGCUUACAUAGAGGAGAACCUGGAGCUGGUUGAAAAAGGCUUCAGUAACUUGAAGAAACAAAUUGAAAAUGCCAGAAUGUUUGGAAUUCCAGUAGUAGUGGCCGUGAAUGCAUUCAAGACAGACACAGAGGCUGAGCUGGACCUCAUCAGCCGCCUUUCCAGAGAACAUGGGGCUUUUGAUGCCGUGAAGUGCACUCACUGGGCAGAAGGGGGCAAGGGUGCCUUAGCCCUGGCUCAGGCCGUCCAGAGAGCAGCACAAGCACCCAGCAGCUUCCAGCUCCUUUAUGACCUCAAGCUCCCAGUCGAGGAUAAAAUCAGGAUCAUUGCACAGAAGAUCUAUGGAGCAGAUGACAUUGAAUUACUCCCCGAAGCUCAACACAAAGCUGAAGUCUACACAAAGCAGGGCUUUGGGAAUCUCCCCAUCUGCAUGGCUAAAACACACUUGUCUUUGUCUCACAACCCAGAGCAAAAAGGUGUCCCUACAGGCUUCGUUCUGCCCAUUCGCGACAUCCGCGCCAGCGUCGGGGCUGGUUUUCUGUACCCCUUAGUAGGAACGAUCCUCAUCCAUCUUCAAGAAGCUACUUUGAAAGUCUGGCCAGUGUCUAUUCAGGCCCACUGGGAGUUAGGAAGCAUAAGGAAGCCAAGAGAAGUCAGCCCCUGCCCAGAAAAUAAUAGUAGGAGUUUCCCCGGAAGUCAUUGUCAGCCUUAAUUCUCAUCAUGUAUAAAUUAACUUAAAUCAUGCACAUGUCUAUUUACUUUAGUGACGUUCCACAGAAUAAAAGGAAAUAAUUUUGCCA